GGGAAUUAUUUUGCUUGGAAGAAUCCCUUUAGCAGUGCUAACCCAUACUGCGUUCCGUUAUUCUAUUCCGUAAACCCAUAGAUGCAGACAGCUGCUUUAUAUCAGUUCCCAUUGUUAUUAAAACAACAUUUUACAGAAAAGCCUAACCAAAUUAAUUAUAUUGCGUUCAACAUCUCUUGUACCUUUUGGCAAAGCAUGGUACUAGACAGUCAGAUGUGCCAUUUUCCAUCUCAACUUCUGUUAUUGAACACAGGCAAACAUUUGCUGCGGUUUUUGACCUUCUGCCAAAAAAACGUCCCCAGCGACGAAGAGUAUGACGUGGAGUUUGAUGGAGAUGAGCUCUUCUACGUUGACCCCAUUACCUACCAGGUAGAGCGGCGUCUGUCAGAGUUCGCCCAGCAGUGGACCCCUGACCCAGGACUGCCUCACGAAGUGUACGUGUCCCUCGGAACUUGCCAGUACAACAUCCCCCGCUGCAUUGUGGGAGAAAAGAGCCCGCCAGAGGCAAUAGAGGUGCCCACCUCCCACAUAUACUCCCAGAGAGAGGUGGAGCUGGGGGUCCCCAACACACUCAUCUGCCGGGUCAGUGAUUUCCACCCAACACCCGUGGAUGUGACUUGGACCAGGAACGAGCAGCCGGUGGCAGAGAGGACCAUCAUUCAGACCCAGUACUACUCCAAUGAAGACUUCAGCUUCAGGAUCUUCUCCUACCUGAGCAUCACACCUCAGGAGGGGGACAUCUACUCCUGUAGUGUGGGUCACGUCAGCCUGCAGGAACCCCUCACCAGGAUCUGGGAGGUUGAAGUGCACACGGACCACCAGACUGUGGAGACAGCAGUGUGUGUUGGAGGUGUGACUCUAGGAGUGGUGGGAGUAGCAACAGGAGUCUGGUUUAUCAAAAAAGCCAAGAGGUCUGGUUGGGCCUUAAGAACAUAGGCAACAAUCAGCUAUCAGCGAUACAGCAAGGGCUCCAUGCAACAAUACCAAGGACAAUUAUCAUAUUUAGCAACCUACAACUACGCUGGCGACCAAUAUAAUGCAGUUCACUAUUUCCUACAUUUGAUCAAUAAUCUUAAUAAAAUACUCCUUAAUUGUU